CCUGGGCGAACACGUGGCUGCCGCGGAGCCAGAGCAGCAAUGGCGGCCGGUGGCGGCGGUAGCUGCGACCCCUUGGCCCCGGCGGGGGUCCCCUGCGCCUUCUCGCCGGACAAUCAGGCCUACUUCGCGUUAGCCUCUAGCGACGGUCACUUGCGGGUGUGGGAGACAGCCAACAACCGGCUGCACCAGGAGUACGUUCCUUCCGCGCACCUCAGCGGUACCUGCACCUGCCUGGCCUGGGCGCCAGCGCGGCUGCAGGCCAAGGAAAGCCAUCAAAGGAAAAAAAGGAAAUCAGAAGUUAUAGGAACAAGUGACCAGGUUGACCUGUUGGCUCUUGGCACAGCAGUUGGUAGCAUUUUAUUGUAUAGUACAGUAAAAGGAGAAUUACACAGUAAAUUAAUAAGUGGUGGGCAUGAAAACAGAGUCAAUUGCAUACAGUGGCAUCAAGACAAUGACUGCAUAUAUAGUUGUUCAGAUGAUAAGUAUAUUGUGGAGUGGAGUAUACAGACAUGCAAAGUAAAGUGCAAAUGGAAAGGAGACAAUAGCAGCGUCAGUUCUCUGUGUAUCAGCCCAGAUGGAAAGAUGUUACUUUCAGCUGGUCGAACAAUCAAACUAUGGGUUUUGGAGACCAAAGAAGUCUACAGACACUUUACAGGACAUGCGACACCUAUUUCAUCACUUAGGUUCACUACCAUCAGACCUAAUGAGAGCCAGCCUUUUGAUGGGAUUACAGGUCUUUAUUUCUUAUCUGGAGCAGUACAUGACCGGUUACUUAAUGUCUGGCAGGUCCGAUCAGAAAACAAAGAGAAGAAUGCAGUGAUGUCUUUUACAGUUACAGAUGAACCAGUUUAUAUUGACUUGACUUUGUCAGAAAACAAAGAAGAGCCUGUCAAGUUAGCUGUUGUUUGCAGAGAUGGUCAAGUCCAUCUUUUUGAGCACAUAUUAAAUGGACAUUGCAAGAAGCCUUUGACUUCAAAUUGUACAAUUCAGAUAGCAACACCAGGAAAGGGCAAGAAAUCAACACCAAAACCCAUUCCUAUUCUAGCAGCCAGCUUUUGCUUAGACAAAACGUCCUUAUUGCUGGUGUAUGGCAGUUGGUUUCAUCCUACCAUUGAGCGAGUGGCUUUGAAUUCCAAAGAUAGUCAUAUAUGUUUGGAGAGAGACAUUUCAAAUUGCUGGGCUCCAACAGUAGAAACUGCUAUAACCAAGGUGAAAACACCAGUGAUGAAUUCUGAAGCAAAAGUUCUGGUGCCUGGGAUUCCUGGACAUCAUGCACCAAUAAAGACUAUACCUUUGCAGCCCAGUGAGGUGGAGAACAAGAGGAAAUUAGGCAGCAAUGAGGCUAGCAUCGAGGAACGCCUUGGUGCCAUGGAUCUAGAUAGAAAAGGAAGGAAGGAUGACCUUCUGCAGACAAACAGCUUUCCAGUCCUUCUCACACAGGGCUUGGAAAGCAAUGACUUUGAAAUGUUAAACAAAGUGCUUCAAACUAGGAAUGUAAACCUAAUAAAGAAGACUGUGCUAAAGAUGCCCUUGCAUGCUGUUAUCCCAUUGUUGCAAGAGCUUACGAAGAGGUUGCAAGGACAUCCCAAUAGUGCUGUUUUAAUGGUUCAGUGGCUGAAAUGUGUGCUGACGAUUCAUGCAUCGUACCUGUCCACGUUGCCUGACCUGGUACAGCAGCUGGGGACCCUGUAUCAGCUAAUGGAAAGCAGAGUCAAAACGUUCCAGAAACUCUCACACCUGCAUGGAAAGCUCAUCCUUCUCAUCACACAAGUUACAGCAUCAGAAAAAACAAAGAAAACGCUUUCCCCUGGACAGAAUGCCAAGUUGGUGUAUGAAGAAGAAUCUUCUGAAGAAGAGUCUGAUGAUGAAAUUGCAGAAAAGGAUUCUGAUGAUAAUUGGGAUGAAGAUGAAGAAAAAGACAGUGAGAAAGAUGAGGCUGUUGAUGAAGACAAUGAAGAGGAAGAUGAGGACACUGAAGACAAAGAAGAGAAUGGGGAGGACAGAGAAGUGUCAAGUGAAAAAGAAUUAAAUGGAGAUUCUGAUUUAGAUCCUGAAAAUGAAAGUGAAGAGGAGUGAAGACAGAAGCAGUCAUUCACACUGUGACCGCCUUGCCCGAUGCUACCAUGUCCUCCCGGGGAGGCUUGCCCUGUGCCAGGAGACAAGAGGCGUCAUAUGCUUUCCAGUCACAGAGGCGAUUUUCACACCUCCUUCCUGCCCUGACUGCCCCAGACUCUUAACUGUGUAAAUAAGAGUGUUUCAUUCAAAUGUUAAUAAACUUUACACAGUAAAUAGACACACUUUCUGCAAUGUACUGACAUGAGUGUCCAAUAUAUGGUAUAUUUUUAUAAUACAAUACUCUAGUAUGAUUGGUUCUAUCAGAAACUGACGUAGGUGGAGAUAGACGUGCCAUAGGGGUCAGGAACUGGACGCCUGUGAAGGAGUCGGCUCUCAUCUCAGGUUGGCAGCUUUCAUCCAGUCCAGAUGCCACACAGCACUAAUGAAUUAUUUUUAAUCUGGCACACCUAAUUUGACAUGGUCAUAACAUAUGAAGGAAUAACAAAUUUUAAAUGAAAAUGGUUGUGAUUUACAGAAAUAAAAUCACAGUCUCCCUAGUUUGUCUACUCACUGGUAAUCUGACAUGGAUCAGAUUGGAUAUUUGGAGUGCUUCCCCAAAUAACCACUUAUUUUUUAAAGUGUCCUGUGAGAUAUUUUUUUAAACAAAACAAAAUAAUGGUAAUUAAAGAAGCAAAGCUUCAGCCAUAUUAAGGGGAUUGCUUGUCUGCGGACUGUAAGCACUCAUCAGUGUACAGGUCAGGCAUGCUUGUUACCUGCGACUUUUUAAACCUUCAGUCACAGCUGCUUUUGAAGAGGUUUCCAUUUUUAUUUAAAUUACUAAUGGAUCAGAGAACAAUUGUUUAUUUUUUCUCUUUGGUUUUAGAUAUUAAUAACCUUGCUGGAAUUUUUUUCCAAAGAAACUAUUUUUAUAAUUCAGUAAUUUAACGUUUUCUUUCCUUUUCAUUACCCACUCUUGGCAGGGCUGGGGUAUUUGUUUAUCUUUAAAAAUGGUAAAUCUUACUCAAGAUUUUUUUAUGUAUGUAUAAAUAAGUAUUUUGGUGUGCUCCACAGCUUUUCAAAUUACCAGUAAUUUGUCUUGUUUUUAAAGAGUGGGCUAGUACUGACAGAGAGCUCGCUUCUGCAGAGUGCUGAGCAGAUGCGUGUAUUUUCCCACCUUUGAAUGUGUAAGAACGUGGAGCUGGGAGGACUUCCAUCAGAAGUAGAGCAGGCCGCACAGCCGGAGCGGGCAAGCUGCUGGCGGGAUCCGUGUACAGUUGUUUUUGUCUAUAAAUGGAGCUGUUUAUGGCAAUUUAAUACCAUUCUCUUUGUAAAGUGAAUAAAUACUCAUCUUUACCCGG